CGGUGCUGGGCCGGGGACGCGAGGCGCGGGCCAUCGGCUCGACCUCGUCUGCCCCACCGGGCGCGCCCUGCGCGCGGGGCCGGGGCAGGAAUGGUCAGCUAGGAGCUAUCUUGUGUAGGGUCUCCUCAGCUGAGUCCCCGGCCUGUAUUUUGGGGAGAGAGGGCGGAGAGAUAGCUCUUCCCGUCCAGAUGCCGGGGGCCGGACGGAGAGGAGAGCCAGGCGUUCCAGCCUGCAGUCCCGAGAAGGCGGACGGACCCUUCACUGCCAUCAGCUUAGUUUACAAGUUUCGUCUGCUGCCGGGCCCCACUUCACACCCGGAUCAAAACUACAUGAUGGCUGACCAGGACCCUUGGGGCAUUAGCCCCGUCCAACAAAUGGUGGCUUCGGGCGCUGGGGCCGUGGUCACCUCUCUCUUUAUGACUCCCCUGGACGUGGUGAAGGUGCGCUUGCAGUCCCAACGUCCCUCAGUGGCCAGUGAACUGACGCCUCCCUCCAGAUUCUGGAGUGUUUCCUACACCAAAUUGCCAUCCUGUCUCCAACCCACAGGGAAGUGCCUCCUGUACUGCAAUGGUGUUCUGGAGCCCUUGUACCUGUGCCCAAAUGGUGUCCGCUGUGCCACCUGGUUUCAGGAUCCCACCCGCUUCACUGGCACCAUGGAUGCCUUUGUGAAGAUCGUGAGGCACGAGGGUACCAAGACCCUGUGGAGUGGCCUCCCAGCCACCCUGGUGAUGACCGUGCCAGCCACUGCCAUCUACUUUACCACCUACGACCAACUCAAGACCUUCCUGUGUGGCCGAGCCUUGACCUCUGACCUCUACACACCCAUGGUGGCUGGUGCUUUGGCCCGCUUGGGCACCGUGACUGUGAUCAGCCCCCUGGAGCUGGUGCGAACAAAGCUGCAGGCUCGGCAUGUGUCAUACCGUGAGCUGGGUGCCUGUGUCCAGGCUGCGGUGGCUCAGGGUGGCUGGCGCUCCCUGUGGCUGGGCUGGGGGCCCACUGCCUUGCGGGAUGUUCCUUUCUCAGCCCUAUACUGGUUCAACUAUGAGCUGGUGAAGAGCUGGCUGAGUGGGCCCAGGCCAAAGGACCAGACAUCCGUGGGCAUCAGCUUUGUGGCUGGCGGCAUCUCAGGGAUGGUGGCAGCCAUCCUGACUCUGCCCUUCGAUGUGGUGAAGACUCAGCGCCAGGUUGCGCUGGGAGCAGUGGAGGCUGUGAGAGUGCGGUCCCCUCAUGCUGACUCCACUUGGCUGCUGCUGCGGAGGAUCCGGGCCGAGUCGGGCACCAGGGGACUCUUUGCAGGCUUUCUCCCGCGGAUCAUCAAGGCCGCCCCCUCCUGUGCCAUCAUGAUCAGCACUUAUGAGUUUGGCAAAAGCUUCUUCCAGAAGCUCAACCAGGAGCGGCCACGGGGUCCUUGAAAGGGGCCAGGGGUUGAGGGCCCCAUCUCCUGUACGGAUGAGGCAAGGGCGGAGGAGACUGAGCCCAGUGCCUUUUCCUCAGCCCUGAGGGGCAGGGCCCUGUUUCCCUUCCUCAGCCUGGGCCCUCAGGCCCCCCUCAGACUUUCUUCCUGUUCCUUCUCAUUCCUGAGGCUCAAGGAUCACCACUUUCCCACCCCCAAGUUCAAGACCAAAUCUGUUUCCCUCUGUUUGCUGUAGCUGGGCCUGCCCCCAGGAGCUAAAACCUCUGGGCCUGCCUCAGUCUCCCCUACCUCCAUUAAUUCAUUAAGUCUA